GUUUCUUGGCCGGCUCGCUCUCUUGCGUCCCACCUCCCAAAGCCCAAGAACGAGGCGAACGUGAGGACCCUCCGCCGCUUUUCUCGCCCUCGCCCCGGGCUUCGCCUUCCACCGCUCGGACCCCAAACCCUCUCUCCACCACCGCUUUCCCCCAUCCCGAGAUGGAUGGCUUCCUCGCCGACCGACUACCGGAGGCGGCAGCGCUUCCCGACGGCUUCGUCGAGAGCUCCUGCGAUUCGCUGGCGCCCCGCGCCACAACCGCCGACGCCGACUACAAGGUGCCGCUGAUCGAUCUCGAACGUCCCGAGGAGCUAUGGAACUGGUCGCUGCCACCCCUCGCCGUGGAGAUAUCCUGCUUCGCCGGCGUCGGAGUGGGGGCCAGGGAGAAUCCCGGAACUUGCCUCGAUUUCUUGCCGGAGAGGGACAUCCAAGAAGUUAGGGUUUCAUCGACCCUAUCGAGCGGCGCGCCUCUGGAGGCGUCAAAGAAUGUGCAAUCGCCCAAAGAUGAGUCUUUCUUGAAUUCUGCUCCCGAUUUGGACGACAAGAGUUAUCAGGGUUCGGCUGUUGUAACCCAAGAAAGGCUUGAGUCACUUUGUCGGGAGCUACAAUCUCAAAAUAAAAUGCUAAUGGACGAGUGCCAGAGAGUAUCAACAGAGGGACAGAAUAUGAGAUCAGAUCUGUCUAUGAUUUUGAAGGAUACGGUUAAGGAUGUAAACAGUAAGCUUGAAGAGCAGAAAGAUGAAUGUCUUUAUCAACUAACAGAGAAUGAGAUGCUAAGAAAGAAGUUAGAGCAUCUUGCUGACGAGUAUGCACUUGCUGAACAACAAUUUGCCCAAGAGAUGAAGCAGAAAAUUCUGGAACUUCAGCUUGUUGAUCUGAACAUUCAACAACAACAAGAAAGGUCAACUCAGGAUCAAACCCAGAUGCAGUUAUAUGUUGAACAGAUUGAAGAAAUAUUGGCCACUGAGAAGAAUCUGCAUUUACAGCUAGCAGAUGAUGGAGAUAAAUUUCAGCAAUUCCAAGAUGCACUGUUGAAAAGUAAUGAACUUUUUGAUUCAUUUAAGCAGGAGAUGGAAAAGAUGGCAAGUUCAGUAAAGGAACUUAAGAAGGAAAAUGAGUUCUUAAAGAGCAGAUGUGAGAAAUCAGAUAUCACACUUGUAAAGCUUGUUGAGGAGCGUGAACACAUGAAGAAGCAGCUGGAGAAAGCAAAAAAUCAGAAGGAAAAGCUUGAAUCUUUGUGCCGAUCACUGCAGGCAGAAAAAAAAAAUAGAACUCAGUAGUGGGUGAUAAUGGUGAUCCAGUUACCAUGCAAGUCAGAUCGGAAUCAGCAGGCAAGUCUCCUGAAGCCCACAGAAUUUGGCAGUUUGCAUAUGCAAAAGUUUGCCAGACAUUCAUAAGAUGCUGUUUUGCAGGUAGGCCGACUGAAAUGUGAUUCUUUCUUUCAGCAUGUGAGUAACAUGAGAUCAUUUGCCUUGUAUUAUCAGAAUAUAUGAUACUAAUCAUGUUGGAAAGCAAUUAUUCAGGGGGAAGGCAAUAUUGCCUUUUUAAAUAUAUAAAUACAAAGAAACAAUUUUACCA